AUGACCGACCAGAAGAUCUAUCGGGCCAGCACCACUGCCCCUGUAAACAUUGCGGUGAUUAAAUACUGGGGCAAACGUGACGCGAAGCUCAACCUACCUACAAAUUCCUCUCUAUCCGUCACCCUCGCUCAGAACGAUCUCCGGACCCAUACCACUGCCUCCUGCAGUGCAAAAUACCCCGCCGAAGAUGUCCUCGUCCUCAACGGCGCUCCUCAAGACGUGACUGGAGCCCGUACCCAGGCUUGCUUCAGGGAACUCCGAGCUCUGAGGAAAGACCUCGAGAGCAAGGAUUCAUCUCUCCCUCCUCUCUCGUCCUACCCCCUCAAGAUCGUCUCCGAGAACAACUUCCCUACGGCCGCUGGUCUUGCGAGCAGUGCUGCUGGCUUCGCAGCCCUCGUCCGUGCCAUCGCCAACCUCUACGAGCUCCCAUCCAACCCUACUGAUCUGUCCAGGAUCGCAAGACAAGGAUCUGGCUCGGCAUGUCGCAGUCUCUUCGGCGGUUAUGCAGCCUGGGAGAUGGGCACCAAGGACGACGGCUCCGACAGUGUUGCAUAUGAAGUUGCGCCCGCGUCGCACUGGCCGGAGAUGCGCGCCUGCAUCCUCGUUGUGAGCGCCGAGAAGAAGGGCGUGAGCAGCACGACGGGUAUGCAGACGACUGUUGCCACGAGCACAUUGUUCGCCGAGCGUGCACGCGACACUGUGCCGAAGCGAAUGAAGGAGAUGACAGAGGCGAUCCAGAAGAAAGACUUUGAGGCAUUUGCGAGGUUGACUAUGAAGGACAGCAAUAGCUUCCAUGCUACGUGCCUGGACACAGAGCCACCAAUCUUCUACCUGAACGAUGUCUCUAGGGCCGCCAUCACGGCUGUCAAUGCUAUCAACCAGGCUGCAGGCAAGAUUAUUGCUGCUUACACCUUCGACGCUGGUCCGAAUGCUGUUGUUUACUACUUGCAGAAGGAUGAGAAGGAGGUCGCUGGUGCGUUCAAGGCUCUGCUUGAGUCAAAGGACGGCUGGGCUGGUGAAAGGGGCGCUGCAGUCGAAGUGAACUCGACUGGUGCUGCGAACUUCGACGAGAAGAGCGCCGGAGCGCUACAGAAUGGUAUUAGUAGGGUCAUCUUGACGGGUGUGGGCGAGGGCCCAAUCAAAAUUGACGAGCAUCUGAUUGACGAGAACGGCGAACCAGUACACAAAUAA